AAUCAUGGAUGACGACGGCCGGGAGCUGGAGGCAGCCGAAGCCCUCGCGGGGAUGGCGCAGCAUGUGGCUGUUUCACAGCGAUGUAGGUGCUAAUGAAGAUAAUUUGCUGUAUGGGUUGGGUGGUUAACUGCGGAAAUGGAAUUAUGGGGCCAGACGAAGCGAAGAAGGCUAGGAAUGAUGGCGGACGAAGAAGGAAAAUGAACCUGAAUUCGUAUAUUUUUAGGCUUAGUUGGUCGGUAUUGUGAGGAUUCCUAUGUUGCGUGUGAGAAAAAUGUGAUAUGGAGAGGGUAUCUUCUUUAGUAAAAAAGAGGAUGAGAAAGCAUGGCCUACAUUUAGACCAGCUAGUAGCUGAUUAUGCACCUUUGAAGAUUACAAGUCCGCGAAAGGCUGAGGAAAGUGUCCGACAUAUUCCCACAGAGCAGUGCAGCAAAAGUCAUCGUACAAAUCCUGUGACGAUGAAGAUGAGGCGGAAACUCACGGAGGCCGAGAAGGAGGAAAGGAAGCUUCGCCAUAUAAUGGCCAAUAGAGAGUCUGCUAGACAGACAAUUCGACGCAGACAGGCCAUGCAUAUGGAGUUAAACAAGAGAGCAGCCGAUGAGUUGGAAGAGAACGAGAACUUGAAGAAGCGAAAGGAGCUGAUGCUGGAAGUUUUCAAUUCUUUAAAAGGAAGAAAUAGAUUUCUAAAAGCACACUUAGCCGAAGCGAGGAAGGCUGCAGCAGGAGUUACUGAAGAAGAAGAGAAAGAAUCAAACUCGUCCGAGGCAGAGAAACCUUGCUCUGCCACUGCAACGACUCCGAUGUUUCUGCAGCAGAACCAGCCUACGCCCUCUCUAGUCCCGUGCUUUUGGCCCCCCAUGGCCUCAACUUCAGAUGCCUUCCCGUUCCAAGGCACGUCUCAUCCUCACCCGCUGCAAUUCCCAAUGGAUACACCACCGUGUCUGCAUCAAGGACAGGAACUCUCCACGGUAACACCCUUGUUUAUAGUCCCCGUCCCUUGGGUGCUACCGUUGCUUGGAACAAACACCCAUUGCUGUGGCAAGUGUUCGUGCUCAGACGCUAGGAUGAGUGAAGACAACAACAACAAGUCUUGUUCAAACCAGAACGCGAUGAGUGCAGAGGCUUAUAAUAACCCCAUUAUGCAAGCUAUGAGUGCAGAUGGCGAUCGCAGAGCACACGAACCCCCUGCUGGCAUCGUUGUGCCAGGGCUGUUCAGCCCUGUGCGACGCGUGGAGAAUCUUGACCCUCCUAGGGCUUUCCAGGUAGGUGAUCAUGUUGUUUCUCCACAUGAAACUGGCUUGUUUCGGGGAAAGUCCGAGGAUAUCAUCGUUGCCACAGAGGCGCGGAGGAGGAGGAAGGAGCUUAUGAGACUAAAGAAAGUAAAUUGAAAAACUUUGUAUGUAUAUUCAGCUUAGACAAAGAAUUUAGAGUGGUGAGUUAUAUUGGAAAUAAACUAGGAUGUUUCAAAUUGGUUGGAAGUUGGUUUGUUAGUUAAAGUAGGUAAAGGUUGGUGUGUUGUUUUUGUGAGACGCUCUUACAAGUAAGUAGCGUAUAGAGUAAGUGUAAACGACACGACGUUAAUUAAAAUGACAGAAACAACAUUUUGUUCCUACAAUA